AUGAUAAAAUUCUUAAUAAUUUGUAUUUGUUUGAAUGUUUAUUCACAAGUAACUAUUGCGACAGGUCAAUUUAUAGAAGAAUUUAUUGAUAGCAUAGAUACAAAUAUUACUAGAGUUAGGACACCUCAAGAACGUGACCGGCGAUGGAAAGAAUUUGUUGUACUUGAUUUCAUAGGACUAGUUCAACAAUUCCCUGGAUACACUGCUGAAGAGUAUGAUGUUACGACGAAAGAUGGCUAUAUAUUGAAAUUACAUCGAAUAAGCGGUAGUCCUUCUAGUCCUGCAAAACUUGGAAAACCAGUAGUAUUUAUGGCUCACUCUCUUUUUGGCUCUUCAGAUUUAUACGUUGUCAUGGGAUCAAAACAUGCACUAGCUUUUCAAUUAGCGGAUGCUGGUUAUGAUGUCUGGAUCGGUAAUUUCAGAGGUAAUACCUACUCUAAAAGACAUAAAUAUUAUUCAACGAAAUCUGAUAGCUUUGAGUUUUGGAAUUUCAGUAUGGAUGAGAUGGCUUUAAUAGAUUUGCCUCUGUUCAUAGACACUGUUUUGCAAAAAACAAAUAAGAAAAAGCUAUCGUACAUAGGAUAUUCAAUGGGAACGACGAUUGUUUUCAUUCUUCUAUCAACGAAGCCAAAAUAUAAUUAUAAAAUGAAUUUAGUUGUGAACAUCGCUCCAGUGGCCAUAUUUACACCUCCCUUCAGUGGUGUUCUUAAUGGACUUUUGUUGUUACAACCAGUUAUAAAGUCAAUCUUUAUCAGUUCAAAGAAUUAUCAAAUGCUCCCGCAGUCGUUUAUCCAAGUUUUCGGAAAAGACGUUUGUACUGAUGAAUUAGGAAAAACAUUAUGUGAUCGUUUCUUGAAUACAUUGGUUGAUACAAACUAUUUAGACACGAAAGCGAUUCCAACAAUUCUUGCUCAUAUGCCAGCUGGCACGUCAGUCAAUACAGUAGAACAUUAUUUUCAACUAAUGCGUUCUGGUAAAUUCAGAUAUUUUGACUUUGGUACGAAUAUCAAUAAAAUUAAAUAUGGUAGACCAGUCCCACCAGAAUACAAUUUAACUAAAGUAAUUGCACCUCAAGCAUUGUUUUACUCUGGGGAUGACGUCUAUGCUAACAUCAAGGAUACAGACACAUUAAGAGGUAAAUUAAAAAAUGUAGUCGCUUUUAAAAAAACACUUGGUCAUUAUAACCACUUAGAUUAUUUAUGGCAUCGAUAUGCUCGAAGAGAUGUCUAUAAUCAGAUACUAGAACUACUUACUCAGCGUUUGAAAAAAUAA